AAAUUAAACCGGACCCAAAUCAAAUCAAAAUCCCAACCCGAAAGCCCCCAAGUACCCGAAGUCUCUCUCUCCGCUUUGUCCUAAAACGUUAUUUUCUCUCAGCUCACUGUCCAAAAAGAGAGAGAAAGAGGAAGACAGCUUUUCAUUUCAUUUCAAAAUCUUGAUUUCUUCAAAGAGGUUCUAAAGACAUCUCGUUUUUCCUUUCGCAAUUCGUUAUAUUUUUCAAAAAUUUUUAAAAUAAAAUUAUUUAUUUUUUCUUGUCACAAAAUUUUAAAUCUCUAUGUCCAAAAGAUUAUAUAAUUUUUCAAAAAUAAAUAUUCAAUAAAUUAUAUAAGUAAAGAGAGAGCUUUCGUUAAAAAAAUUCAGGAUUAUUAUAAAAAAAUUUAUUAAAAAAAUGAUAUUUUAAAUUUUAUUCUUAAUUUAAUUUAAAAUGUAUGAGACCCAAAAUACCCUUCUCUUUCUUUUAAAUGCCAAAUCCGAGAGAACGGCACCAGAAAGGAAUCCAAUCACCGAGCCAUGAUCGUUCGGAGUUACGGUCGCCGCAGUCGUGGUUUGACCAGGACAUUCUCCGACUCCCUAAACGACGACGUAUCCGACUCCCCUCCCCUCUCUCAAGAAACGGUGCUGUCUCAGGACACCUACAGUUUCCCUUUUACCACUCAAGAAUCCUCUUGCUUCUGGCCAUCCUCUCAAGAAUUCGACGACGAAGAUUACAAGAACCAAGUAACAACCGUUAAAACAACCCAAAUUAAUUUCGAUUUUGACGAUUCAAGAAACGGCGAAAUGCGGAGAUCCAAGAAACAGAAGCAAAGCCAGAGCGAGAAAGAGGUACGAUAUUCUUCUAUGCCCUGGAUUUCGCCGACUUCGACUCUGAUGGAGGCUCAAGAAUUCGGGGAAAUGAUGGAGCACGUUGAUGAGGUAAAUUUCGCGCUUGAUGGGUUAAAGAAAGGCCAGCCAGUGAGGAUCAGAAGAGCGAGUCUCUUGUCUUUGCUUUCAAUCAGCGGCACGGCCCAGCAGAGGAGACUUUUGAGAACUCAUGGGAUGGCAAAGACAAUAAUUGAUGCUAUUUUGGGCCUCAACUUUGAUGAUAUCCCAAGCAAUCUGGCUGCUGUGGCCCUUUUAUAUGUCUUGACCAGUGAUGGUCAAGAUGAGCAUCUCCUUGAAUCACCUAAUUGCAUUCAAUUCCUAAUUAAAGUGUUGAAGCCAGUCAUCAUCACUGCUAAAGAAAACAAAACUGGGAAAGUGGGCUCUAAGCUUCUGGCAUUAUGCAAGGAUGCUGACAUCUCACGGGAUCCAACUAAAGUUUUGGAUUCAAGCUCUGCUGCCAUUAUUUCCAAAGUUGAGGAAAUUCUUGUUAGUUGCAAGGAAAUUAAGCCAAGAUGUGGGGAUGAUGGGGGUUUAAGAAGGCCAGAGUUAAGCCCAAAAUGGAUAGCUUUGUUGACUUUGGAGAAAGCUUGUUUGUCUAAAAUUUCUCUUGAAGAUACCAAUGGUACGGUAAGGAAAACUGGGGGCAAUUUCAAGGAGAAACUAAGAGAGCUUGGAGGAAUUGAUGCUGUCUUUGAAGUGGCCAUUGAGAGCCAUUCUGUUAUGGAGGGUUUGGUGGAGCAGAGUUUAUCUUCUCCUUUUACAGGGGAUAAAAAGGAUGUGCAGUGCCUGGUGCUGCUUUCAAAAUGUUUGAAAAUCAUGGAAAAUGCUGCAUUCCUCAGUAGUGACAAUCAGAGUCAUCUCCUAGAAAUGAUAGGGCACUUGAACUCUCAUGGAUCUCGACUAUCUUUUACAAAGCUUGUUAUAAGUGUAAUCAAGAUUCUGUCAGGGCUUUAUCUUAAGAGCUCUUCUGCAUCAUUCAGUACUGAAAGAUCUUGUGGUAAUUCUAAAGCAAUAGGCGAUGCUAAUGAAUUUGCCCUAGCUGCAGAUUGUAAAGUGGAUAGACAUGAUGUUAUCUCCAUCAGUUCAUAUGAAAAAUCAUCUAGCACGGACUGGUCCUUCUCCGAAAAGAGCUUCAAUAUAUCUCAGAAUGAUCCUGGGCCCUCCACUCAGUGGUUGAGUCAUUCUGUAGCCAGUUUUCAAACUGCAACUACAUCCACGAAUGAUAGUUGUUUACUAAACAUGAGAAUCCAUUCUUCCUUGUCCAGCUCAUGUAGUGGGAAAUUAGGAAGUUCAUAUGAUGGAAAUCCUGUAACAAGCAAUGGGUCAGGGACUCUGUGUGAGAGACCUGAUGGAAUGAAGGAUGACAAAUGGCAACUCUUAGAGGAAAGUCAGGAUCCUUAUGCAUUUGAUGAAGAUGAUUUUGUUCCUUCAAAGUGGGAUUUACUAUCUGGGAAAAAAAAGAUAUCCCAAACUAAAAAACAUGGGCUAAGAAACAGAGAAAUCCGAGAUGAGCAUCAAUACCAAACUUCAAUGAGCCAACAAGAAUCAAGGAAUGGGGAAAUUUUCCAGACAGAAUUUAUCAAUGAAGAAUACCAUCAUUCGAAUGCUACUUCUGGUUCUCAAAGUGCUGAAGAAGAAUAUUCCAGCCUUCUUUCAGACUGUCUUCUUGCUGCUGUCAAGGUUUUGAUGAAUUUAACAAAUGACAACCCUCUCGGCUGUCAACAAAUUGCUGCCUCUGGGGCACUAGAAACCUUGUCUACAUUGAUUGCCAGCCACUUCCCUUCAUUCUGCUGUUAUUUGCCUCGAGCUAGUGAAAUGGAAGAGAAUUCUCUUAGUUUAGAACUCGAUGACAGGAAUGACAGACCUCUUACUGAUCCAGAGUUGGAUUUCCUUGUAGCAAUACUGGGUCUGCUUGUGAACCUAGUAGAGAAGGAUGAACACAACAGAUCACGGCUUGCAGCAGCUUCUGUUUCUUUACCAAAUUCAAAAGGGUUAAGAGAGGAGAGUCGCAUGGCUGUAAUUCCACUGCUAUGUGCCAUCUUUCUUGCGAACCAUGGAGAAGACGACUCUACUGGAGAAGUUCAGCCUUGGAAUGAUGAAGCUGCUAUGCUGCAAGAAGAGAAAGAAGCAGAGAAGAUGAUUUUAGAAGCCUAUGCAGCUCUACUACUUGCAUUUCUUUCUACUGAAAGUAAGAACACACGAAAUGCAAUAGCUGAUUGUCUCCCAAAUCACAGCCUGACAAUCCUGGUACCUGUGUUGGAGAGAUUUGUGGCAUUUCAUUUUACAUUAAACAUGAUUUCUCCAGAGACUCAUAAAGCUGUGAGUGAAGUGAUUGAAUCAUGUAGGAUGCCAUGAGAAGUAAUGAAAUUUUUUGUGCAGCCUUAUCUUCCAUUUUAUAUUAGCUAUUUGUUAUCACACAAUGCCUGUGCCAACGAGGAUGGAAGUGGGCAGCACACUGUAUCAAACUGACCACAGACCUCUUUUAUAGUCUCCAUUGACCUAUUUGUUGUUACCCCCACAAUUUUCCCUUUUCCUUUUUGACCAUAUUAUUCUUUGUAGCACUAUUCCAUUGUCUUGAUGCAGGCCAAGACUCGUGUAUAUAGAAGUGAAAAUGUAAUCAACAAGUUUUCCAUUAACUUGUGUAUUAAUAUUCAGUUUCAUAAAUGUGUAUUUUACAUUUUAUCAUUCAAAUAUAAGUAGGGAUGUUUAGCUUUAUAUGAAUAUGGGUAACAGCCCUUCCUCAACGCCUGCUUCCAAAUUUUGUCCUGUAAUGCUGUAAGAGAAAUCCUAUGUGUAACCGGAGCCAGUGCGGCUGUGAUUUAUUCCGGUUAGGGGUGAAAAAGA